UAUAGAAGGUAAAAAUUAGGUACGUAGUGUGGUUACGUAUUUACAGUAAAACCACGAUGCGUACCAUACACUUGUGUGGACUUUUCUUGUUGUUAUGCCUUAUCGAAGUCUCGAGCGGUCAAAGGUUGCGCGGACGAAUACGCGGUUCUACAUACAGGAGAGAUAUGAGAGAGGUUCCACCUGGAUCUGCGUCUCUAGCAUUUGUCUUUGACGUCACAGGUUCUAUGUGGGAUGACCUGGUACAAGUCAUUGCCGGAGCAAAAAAGAUUUUGGAUACAACCCUUGGAAGACAAGAACAACCUCUGUUUGAUUAUAUUCUUAUCCCAUUCCAUGAUCCAAUUGUCGGACCUAUCACAGUCACGUCGAAUGGGGAAUUGUUUCAGAGAAAAUUGCGAGAUCUUUUUGUCCAGGGAGGAGGAGAUUGUCCAGAAAUGAGUCUGACUGCGAUCGAACAAGCAUUGGAACUUUCUCUUCCAAGCUCGUUCAUCUAUGUUUUCACCGACGCCAGCGCCAAAGAUUAUUAUCGACUAAAGGAUGUUUUGAGAGUAAUUCAAAGAAAACAAAGUCAGGUUGUGUUUGUCUUGACUGGUGAUUGCAACAACAGGGAUAGUCCGGGAUACAAGGCAUACGAAAAAAUUGCUGCGACGAGUUCUGGACAAGUUUUCAUCAUAACGAAAAGUGACGUUUCCGAGGUUGUCAAGUUUAUCGAAGUAUCUGUCCAAGCACACAAAGUCGUUCUCCUGGCCACAGAUCACGAUCAACCUGGAGACAGAACAUGGGAAAUUCCAUUUGAUCCGGAAUUAAAAGAAGUAACCCUUUCUUUGAGCGGUCCAGACAGAAGACUUCGCUUAUUCAACCCACACGGACACGAAAUGACCGAACGAGAUGGCCUUGAAACAUUACUCGAUCUUGAGACUGUUCUUAUUCUCAAUAUAAAAAAUGCAUCUGCAGGUUACUGGCGGGUGUCAGCAUUCAGCAGUGGGGAACAUUCUCUUCGAGUGACUGGACUCAGCUCUCUCGAUUUUCAAGCAAGAUUUUCCAGACUUCCCACGUUGGAUUGGUCUAUCGCUGAUUAUCAACCGAUAGCAGAUGCUGAAACCCAUGUACUUUUGAAUGCUACCGGUCUCCCGCCACCAGGAGAGUUCCGCGAGAUAUCUCUGAGAGAUAUAAGAGGGGCUAAUAUUCAGGAAAUCACACUCGAUCCUCCACCAGAUCCCGGAAACCCAUAUUUAUAUGCGGUUCGCCCUCUUCUCACUCCGUCUCAAGAUUUUUAUAUUUAUGUGCAAGGCGUAACACAUGAAGGAUACCCCUUUCAACGAACAACUAAAAACGCAAUCUUGAACGUUGAACCAGUUGCUCCCUCAGUGUACAUGAAACCAACUCAUCCAGCAUAUUUUGAUUAUCCUGCUGAAAUACCUUGUGAAGUUUCAAGUUUGAUUCCCUACCAUGUGACAUGGAGUAGAAAAGUGGAUGGCAGAUGGAGAGCAGUUGGAAGAAGAACCUUACAUCAAGUCAGUUCUACAGUGUAUUUGAAUAUACCUGAAAUAACAGAUGAAUCAGAAGGAAGUUAUAGAUGUGUUGCUAACAAUUCAAAAGGCCUUGAUUAUGGUGAAACGUUUUUGGAUGUUGAAGAGAGACCGCCUUCUAUCAGAGUUGAUGGUAAUGUCACAGUUGAACCUGGUAAACAUGCAAUUCUGACAUGUCACAUUAAAAGCAAGGUGAAGUUUACAGUUUCCUGGAGUAGAUUGGAUGGAAGAGCAUUCGACAUAACAAGAGUUAGAAUGUUGUCAAAUAAUUCACUUGCUGUCACACGAGCUCGACCUGAUGAUGAAGGUGGAUACAAAUGUACUGCAAGAAACAAGGGUGGAACAGCAAACGAUACUGUCUUUCUCACUGUUCAAGCUGAACCUGAAGUAUUAGUUCGGCCAUUGAACCCUGUUCAAUAUGUUGUAAAUCAGAUCGUCUCACUCAGAUGUAUCGCGAAUGGACAUCCCGAUCCUUCAAUUGCUUGGCUGAAUGGAACUGAGUUUAUAAGUCAAGAUAAACAUGUGAAAAUUCGAAGAGGUGGCACAGAAUUGCGAUUUAUCAAAGCUCAACAGGAGCAUGCAGGAAUUUAUACUUGCCAAGCUACAAACAAAGCUGGUUCUGCAAGUGACACAGGACGUCUGAUAUACACAGAAUCACCUCAUGUUAGUUUGGAUGAAGAUAGGAGACUUGUGCUGGAAGGACAAUCAACAGAAUUUAAUUGUCAUGUAACUGGUGAACCGAAACCAAGAAUUGCGUGGUAUUUCCUAGAUGGCAACCAAAUUGUUAAUAAUGAGAGACAUCAGAUAUCAGAUGAUGGAGUUCUGACUGUAAGAAAUCUGCAGACAUCUGAUACUGGAGAAUAUACUUGUCAGGCAGUUAAUACUGUAGGCAGAGACAGCGAUGCAAUAUUUUUACAAGUUGGGACGAUACCUAGAAUUGUGCUUCCACCUAUUGACACUGGAAUUGAUAUUGGUAAUGCUGGUAAACUACCAUGUGCUGCUGAUGGUUAUCCUGCUCCUGAAAUUACUUGGUCAAAACUUAUCGAAUCUACAGAAGAAGAAGAAGACAAUGGUGAUGGUGUGAUUGUUGGAGUAUUCGAAAUUGUGAUUGGUCAAGAAAAUGAUAGAGUAUACCACGAUCUGAACAGCAAUAGUCUUAUCAUCAAAAAUAUGGAAAUGGAAGAUGUUGGGUUGUAUACUUGUUCUGCUGCAAAUCAAUUUGGCGGGGAUGCAAAAUCUGCUGAGGUUGACAUUACAGGAUUAGUAAAGCCAUGGAUAACGUUAACUGAAGAAAGGCCCCAUGUAAUCAUAGGCCAAUCAAUUGCAUUGCCAUGUCGUAUCACAUCUGGCAAUCCAACUCCAUCUCGACAAUGGCGAAGAGACAGUAGAGUGUUUGAUCCAACUGGUAGAAUUUCAGUCAGUCAAGAAGGAAGCGUUGUAAUCACACAAGCUCAAUCUAGUGAUGCUGGAGAAUAUGUUUGCAUUGCAAAAAAUGUUGCUGGAGAGCAUAGUACAAAUACUAUGUUGGAUGUUUGGGUUCCACCAUCAAUCUCUACGCCUGAAACAGACUACACUACCAUAGAAGAAAGAUCUAUCACACUUAGAUGUGAAACUUCAGGCAAUCCAGUACCUACUGUGCAGUGGACUAAAGCAGGUGUAAGAGGUCCACUUCGGUACCUUCCUGAUUACAGAGUACUAAGAGAUUAUAGUCUAGUGAUUUCUUCACCCUCACCAGAACAUUCCGGUGACUAUACUUGCACUGCAACCAAUGCUGCUGGAACUGAUUCGAUGGACGCUCAUUUGAUUGUUUACUAUAAACCUCGUACUAGGGAUGGCUCAUUGGAUCUCUACACAGUCGUACAGGGUGAUUCUAUCACACUCGAUUGUCCAGUUACUAAAAGUAACCCACCACCAACAUUUAGUUGGUCAUUUGAAGGAAUUGACAUCACUCAUCGCACAGGACAAUAUGAGAUAUCAGAUGAUGGAAAGUUGAGGAUUUUUUCCGCUCAAGUGUCCGAUGAUGGUCAAUAUACAUGCACAGCAGUCAACGAAGCAGGUUCAGUAUCUCAUAAAAUGUCUUUAGUUGUGCAAGUUCCCCCGCGAAUCCUUAGAGGACCAUCUAUAAUCAGGGGUCUAGAGGGUGAAGAUAUUGGUUUGAGAUGUGAAGCUACAGGAAUUCCAUUGCCAAAAAUAAGAUGGAGGAAAAAUGAUGUUGAAGUAACUGGUACUGGACGUCUCUCAUUAACACAUUCUCAAACUGAAUAUUCUGCAUCCAGUGAAAUUAUUAUACAUCCUGCAAGAUUGACUGAUGACGGAGAUUUCAUUUGUAUUGCAAGAAAUGUUGCUGGACGCGACACAUCAAUAACUAGUCUUGAUGUUCAGAAGCGACCUACCAUUCAAGAUCCAGGAUUUGGAAGAGAUCUUACUCCAUCAAAGGGAACUCAUGUCACAAUUCCUUGUGUUGCAUAUGGGGAUCCAUCUCCCACCAUCAGAUGGUUCCAUAAUGGGGAAGAGCUCACUGGUGAUGAACUUGAUAUUGACAUUGCAAGUAAUGGAAGUUUGCUGUUAUAUUCUGUUGAUAGUGAUGACAGUGGUUCAUACAAAUGCGAAGCUGAAAAUAACCUGGGUAAAGUUGACAUCGAAACAAAAAUUACGGUCUACGAACCGCCAGAGAUUACUGAUGCAGGUGACACCACAAGAUUAUGGGUUUUUGAAGGACAAUCUGUAUCAAUGUUUUGUUAUGCAACUGCUGUACCAAAGCCAACAAUUACUUGGUAUAAAGUAGAAUCAUCAGACAGGAUUCUGAAUAAUGAAGUAGACCACAUCAAUAUAUUGGGAGAUGGAGAUAUCUUAAACAUCACCCGAGCAAGAGUAUCUGAUACAGGAAGAUACUAUUGUGCUGCAGCUAAUGUUGAAGGAAAAUCAUACAAAUUCUAUGAAUUAGACGUUUAUGUCCUUCCUUCCAUUGAUGGCAGUGAUGAAGUUGACAGGAGUAAAGUUAUUCUUGGUAACGAUUUUACUCUAGAAUGUCCUGUCACUGGAAUUCCAUUUCCAACUAUACGGUGGUUCAAAGGAUUGCAUGAAAUAUCUGUUGAAGAUGAAGGAAUGUUGAUUGAUAAUCGUGGACAAUCUUUGACUGUUCUUAACAGUGAACUUGAACAUGAUGGAGAAUACACUUGUGUGGCUGAUAAUGCUGUUGGUGAAGCUGACAAAGAUUUUGAUGUUUCAAUACUUGUUCCACCAACUAUUGCUGGUGAUGACAUGACACACACCAUUCAAGUUACAAGAUAUCUAGCUAUUGAAUGCAGGGCAUCUGGCAUCCCAAAACCAACACUUUCUUGGUACAAAGAUGGACGAACAGUUGCUAUCAUAAAUAACGAUCUUGAAGAAGGUCCUCAAACCCUUGACAAUGGACGCUAUUUGGAAUUUUCAAGAAUUCGGGUUGAAGAUGAAGGAGUUUAUAAAUGCGUAGCAACUAAUGAAGCUGGAUCAGAUGAUAAAACACACACUGUCAAUGUACAAGUACCUCCAAAGUUUUCUGGUGAUGAUAUACCUGCAAAUGUAUCAGUGGUUGAAGGAGAAGAUAUUACUUUGACAUGUUAUGCCAGUGGAGAUCCACCACCUACUAUAACUUGGCUCAAAAAUGGUGUUUUAAUCAAAGAUGGAGGACGAUUCUCUAUAUCAGAUAGUGGAACAUUUUUGACAAUAAAUAAUGCUGCACAAUCAGACCGAGGACAGUACACAUGCAGAGCGACUAAUGAUGUGGGUGUUAUAACACAGAACCAAUUUCUUGAUGUGUUGGUUCCACCACGUAUAAGUGGCAACAAUGAAAAUAUUGUCAUUGAAAAAGGAGAUCCUGUGGCACUUGAUUGUGUGAUUUCUGGAAAUCCAAAACCUAAAAUAAGAUGGGAAAAAGAUGGCCUACCAGUUUUGGCAAAUGAUCGAAUCAGUUUCGAUUUUGAUAAUCAGAGACUAAUUAUCAGAAAUUCAGAUGAAACUGAUACUGCAAAUUAUACUUGUACUGCCAGUAACAUUAUUGGAUCAGAUUCAAAAGGCUUUAAACUUGAUGUGCAUGUUCCACCUGUUGUAAGGCCUUUUGAUCAAGAUGUUUAUGAGGUUAUUGAAGGAGAGAAAAUUCAAAUUACAUGUGUAGUCAGUGGAAUACCUCAACCAAUAGUUAGAUGGUUAAGAGAUGGAAGUGUGAUUGCAAGAUCAAAAUAUUUCAAGUUGAGAGAAGAUGGCCACACUCUUGUGAUACAAAAUGCGGAUGUUGGUAUACAUGAAGGUCGAUAUACUUGUUCUGCUAUAAAUGAUGCUGGAGAAGAUGAACAAGAUUUAACUGUUAGUGUAUUGAUUCCACCAUCAAUAUAUGGGCAAGAAAAAACUGUAAACAAAAUAGUGAAUGAGGGAAAUGAAGUUGGAUUGGAAUGCAGAGUGAGAGAAGGAAAACCAAGUCCUAUUAUUCGAUGGUAUAGGGGAGAAAGUAAUGCAAUUUCAAAGUUGAGCACAUCAUGGGAUCAUGCACAUUUUGAUCAAACAAUCACAAACCUUCGGGCUAAGGUUGACAAUACAGGAGGAUAUUGGUGUGAAGCGGUUAACACUGCUGGAAGAGCAAGAAAGAAUUUUACUAUUGACGUUCAAGUGAAACCUUACAUUGAUGGAAAUGAAAGGGAAAACAAAAAUGUGAUAUUGGAUAAUGAUGUAUCAUUUACCUGCAAAGUUAGUGGAGUUCCGAGACCAGAAAUUACUUGGACAAAAGAUGGAAAUCCUAUAUCAUAUGAUCUUAAUGACAAAUAUGGAACAGAAAAAAUAGGUAUUGGAACCUACAUACUGACUGUAAAUGAUGCACAAGAUGAUGACAAAGGAAGGUAUACAUGCAUAGCAACAAAUGAUGCUGGACAAGAUUCUAAAGACUUUGAUCUAGAUGUUUAUUUGCCACCAACACAUGGUGGUGAUGGCAUUUUCAAUAUCACUGUUCUUGAAAACAAUGAUGCAGAAUUAUUUUGUGAUGUCGAAGCUUUUCCCAAACCAACAAUCAGAUGGUAUAAAGAUGGACAGCCAGUUAUAUUACCAAGAGAAGUGUUGGAUAGCUUGGAAGAUUACAGAAUUUUACCAAUAAAAAAGGCUCAAAUUUCUGAUGCUGGACUAUACAAAUGUGAAGCAGAAAAUGUUGCUGGUAUAACUGAGAAAAACUUCAGAUUGAACGUUCAUUCAAAACCCAAAGUUUUUGGACCUACAGUUGAUGACAUAACGAAAUUGGUUGGUGAUAGAAUUGAUAUGGUUUGUGAUAUCCGUGGUGUACCUGCACCUACUUUAUCAUGGACUAAGAAUGGACAACCUUUAGUUAUUGACGAAUCCGAAAUGACUCUAUUAUCUGGAUCAAAGAUUUUGCGUAUUUUUGCAGCUGAGCUUAGUGAUACUGGACAGUUUGAAUGUCAUGGAAUCAAUGUUGCAGGAAGAGCAGUAAAAUCUUUUGAUGUAACUAUCCAUGAAUCAUCAAGAAUACUUGGAGAUCCGCAUGAGAUGCAUGAUGUUAACAAAGGUGAUACUUUUACUUUGGAAUGCUUGGUAUCUGGAACUCCAAGACCAGAAAUAACUUGGUUUAAAGAUGGUCAUGAAGUUCACACAGACUCGAGAACAAAAAUGAGAGAGAAUAGAAGAUAUUUAAUUGUAAAGAAUUCACAUGAAGCAGAUGCAGGAAGAUAUGUUUGCAAUGCCUCGAAUGUUGAAGCCUAUGAUACCAAAGCUUAUACAGUAAAUGUGCGAGUACCACCAGCUAUUGAAGAUGGACCUAAUCGAAAGUGGGUUAAAGAAGGUCAUAACAUAAAUUUAACUUGCAAUGCAGUAUCUAAUUCUGCUGUUCAAAUUCAGUGGUUAUUUGAAGGAGAACCCAUAAUACCUUCUAGUUUAGCAAGGCCAUCACCUCAAGGAAAACGACUGAUGCUUUUCAAUGUUCAGCGAGAAAAAGCUGGUCAAUACACAUGCAGAGCCACAAAUGCGGCAGGUUCAGAUGACCGGAACAUAAUUUUGGACGUCUAUACCAUACCUGUUAUCACUGACAGUGAUACUAUUGACACAUACAAUGUCACACGAUCUGAAUCUGUAACAUUGGAAUGUGACGUUUCUGGAUUUCCUGAACCUACUAUUGAAUGGUUGAAAGAUUUCUACCCAAUAUUUUUCCACGAAGAUGGUUCAGCACAGACAGGAAGUUAUGAAAUUCAAAAUGGGGGGAGACUGUUGACUUUAUUUAAUGCACAGGUUUUCGAUGAAGGAAAGUAUAAAUGUAGAGCAACUAAUGAAGCUGGGUUUGAUACUAAAGAAUAUGAUGUCAAUAUUUUUGUCCCUCCUGAAAUAUACCGUGAUGGUUUGAGAGAGGAAGUUAUAGUUCGGGAAAAAUCUUACAUAAGGAUACAAUGUGCUGCUUCUGGCAUUCCUGCACCAAAAAUACGAUGGCUGAAAGAUGGAGAGCCGUAUGUUCCAAGGCGUUUGACUCCUGGUAUAGAUCAAGACAGAUUUCUUACCUUCCAGAGUGUUGAAGAAGAUGAUGGAGCUACCUAUUCAUGUGUAGCUGAAAAUCCAGCUGGUCGUGAUCUGGUUGAUGUGAAUAUUAUAGUAAAUGUUCCACCAAAGAUAAGAGGAUCAGAAAAUCCAUUCUCAACCACAGUUGAAGUUGUUGUCGGGGAAACAUUAGACUUGGAAUGUGAGGUAAUCAGAGGAACUCCUGAGCCCCAGAUUGAGUGGUGGAAGCGAUCAAACAAAAUUAUAGAAAGUGACCACAUAAAGAUACUUGCAGAAGGCCGGUACUUGAGAAUACCACAAGCACGAUCGGAUGAUUAUGGUGUAUAUACUUGUGUAGCAAAGAAUGUGGAAGGCGUAGACAGCAAAGCUUACAAUGUUUUGACAUUGGAGCCGCCAAGGUUUGCCAGUGACAAACAAGAUGAAAUUGACGUUGUCCUUGGGUUUUCUCAUUUCAUAAUUUGUGAAAUAGAUGCUCAACCACAACCCAGGCUUGAGUGGUUUAAAGAUGGCCAACCUUUAAACACAGACAGAAAUGUUCAAGUUGAUCAAAAUGGACGUGUGCUGUUCAUUAAAUCGGCAAGACUUGAAGAUCGUGGAAUAUACAUGUGUAAAGCUAGAAACAAGGCAGGAACAGAUGAAAAAUUGACAAAGAUCAAUAUUUUGACUCCACCAUCAAUAAACGAAGGACAAAAUGAUAAUGAUGUUGAUGUUUUAUUAGAACGUCCAACAUAUCUAAAUUGCACAGUGCAAGGUUAUCCACAACCAACAAUUACGUGGUUUAGAAAUGGAAUCAAAGUUGAUUUGAAUGAUGAUAAUUUUGAAACAUUCGACAAUGGACAGAUUCUCAGCAUAGCGAGUGCAAGGCUUAUUGACUCUGGCCGAUACGAUUGUCAUGCAAGAAAUACAGCUGGAAGAGACAGAAAAGAUUUUAGACUUAAUGUACAAGUUGCACCAACAAUUUCUGGACCAAAAUUUGAAGAAUAUAUUAUGCUUGAGGGAAGAUAUUAUGAACUUGAUUGCUUUUCAAGUGGAAUUCCUGAUCCUACAAAUGAGUGGUUUAAAGAUGGUGAUUUGGUGAGAAGAGGCCACAGAUAUUCACAAUUCCAUGGCGCGCGAAGACUGGGAAUAUACAGUGCUGAUGAACGAGAUAAUGGUUUAUUUGUUUGCACGGCAACUAAUGUUGCAGGAAUGGAGACGAAAACAUUCAAUGUGUCUGUUUAUAUGUCGCCAAGACUCACAGACUCUGCAAAAUACAAAGAUCUGGUUGUGAAUCAAGGAAAAGAAAUCACUCUCAACUGUGAAUCAAACACUUUCCCCAAACCUUCUGUUACAUGGAUUAAAAAUGGUGAAGAGUUGCCAGAAUCUCAUUUUGCUGCAAGCCAUGAUAGGAGAAUAAAAAUAUCAAAGAAUGGAUUUUUGUUGACAAUAUUUGAUGCAGAGCCAGAAGAUGCUGCUCUUUAUUCUUGUGAAUUAUUGAACGACGCUGGUGCAACUUCUAGGAAAUUCAAUCUUAAAGUAAACAGACCACCAGUUAUAUCAGGACCAGACACUGAAAAUAUCAAAAAGCCUAUUGAUAGCACAAUCUCAAUGGACUGCAGUGUGCAAGGUUCUCCAGCACCAGAAAUAAUAUGGCUGAAAAAUGGUUUGCCCGUCGAAUUUUCUGAAAGAGUACAUGUGACGCAUGGACAGAAUACACUAAGAAUUGACCGAUCAGUUGAAAGAGAUAUGGGUAUCUAUACUUGCAUUGCAAAGAAUGUGGCUGGAGAAGAUAGCAAAGAUUUCGAUGUUGAUAUACUUGUCCCACCUUUAAUUGACAAAUCCUUUGGGCCAGACAACAUAGAUGCAAUUUUAGGAGAGGAGGUUUCUCUUGCAUGUAUAGUUGCUGCAGGUAAUCCUAUUGCAACUGUAGACUGGUACAAAGAAGGAGAACUUGUGACUGAAGAUCAGGCACAAGUUUUGGAAUCUGGACAAUUGCUUCUCAUACCAUCUGUUAAGACGACUGAUGCUGGUGGAUACACAUGCAUUGCUAAAAAUGGAAUUGGACAAGAUGACAGAAGUUUUGACAUCAAUGUAUUGAUACCGCCUUCAAUUGGUUUCCGUAGUACAUUUAAUCAUGUUGAGGUUAAUGAGACAUUUGAUGCCAUUCUCGAAUGUGAUGUGAUGGGGGGUCAACCUCCUCCUGAGAUAACAUGGACACAUGAUGAUGUUCCAAUACGAUUGGGUCAACGUAUCAAAACAUUUGCAGAUGGAAAGAGAUUGGAAAUUUACAGAGCUUUGACAUCAGAUACUGGUGUGUACAAAUGUACUGCAACGAAUGUAGCUGGAACUGUUAUGGAUCGCGUUAGACUUGAUGUAUAUGUGCCACCUGCAUUUGAGAGUCCUAAUACAGAGGAUAUAACACUGAUAGAAGGAGAACCAUUGUUCAUGGACUGCACCGUGUAUGGUAUACCCGAACCUGAUCUAGCCUGGACGGUGAGCACAGAUGGUGAAGUGUCCAAACCUCUUAUAACUGAAAGAGUUAGAUAUUUGAACAAAAAUCAAGCAGCUACAAUUGAUGAAUCAAGAGUUGAUGACACUGGUUUAUAUUCAUGCAUUGUAUCAUCAAUAUCUGGAAAUGCUCAAAAAUUAUUUAAUGUCACUGUUCAAGUUCCUCCAAGCAUCAUCGGACCAAAAAGUACAGAUACUGUGCGAGUAAUUGAAGGAAACAGUUUUGAUCUUGACUGUCCAGUCAGUGGUGUUCCAAUGCCAGAAGUUAUAUGGUUGAAAAACGGGAGACCAUUGCCUUUGCUUGAUGUAAGCAGAAUUAGAAAUAAUGGACAACAACUUCAUAUAGAAAGUGCUCAGUUGAAUGAUAUUGGAACCUAUACAUGUGUUGCUAAAUCUGAUGCCGGUGAAGCAAAUAGAAAUUUUGAAGUUGAUGUUAUUGUGCCACCUAGUUCUUCUGGUGAAGGAGUCAACAUUACAGCUGUUACUGGAAGUGAUGUAAAACUUGAAUGCAAGUCUGAUGCAAUUCCUCCUCCUACAUUUAAUUGGCUCAAAAAUGGCAGACCAAUUGGACAUUACAGUCACCUUCUCUUGCUUAAAAAUGUACAAGUUACAGAUACAGCUGUGUAUAUGUGUGAAGCUGUCAAUGAAGCUGGCAAAUCUGUUCGAAACAUGGGACUGACUGUUUAUAAAAAACCGAUCAUUGCUCCAGGACCAUCGGAAGUCAUUACUCUAGUACAUGAAACUAUUAAGUUGAUGUGCAUUGUUGAUGGAGUACCACAACCAGAGGUUUCAUGGUGGAAAGACUCACAUGAGAUAUCAUCUACUGAUGCUGAAAAAUACAGAUUUGUUGGUGAUUCAUUAGAACUCAUUGAUCUACAAUUAGAUGAUAAGGGAGAAUACAUGUGUCUCGCUACAAAUAAUGCUGGGUCAGACCAAAGAAAGAUAAAUCUCAUUGUUCAAGAACCACCAACUAUUGGUCGAGGUCCAACAAACAUUACAGUACUUGCCAAUACCCCAGUAACAUUGCCUUGUGAAGUGAGUGGAACUCCACAACCUUUAGUCAGAUGGCUGAAAAAUUCUCAUCCAUAUUACCCAUCACAAAAGCUAGGUUACAGACAACUCGAAAUUGGGUCGCUUCAAAUCAGUGCUGCAUCAGUACAAGAUAUGGGACUCUAUACAUGCAAUGUUGAGAAUGACGCUGGAUCUAUUUUCCGUGACAUAAAUCUGAUUGUCCAAGUUCCUCCAAGUAUUGCAAACACCAUAUCAAAAUAUAUUGUACAACCGUUUACUCGUGUACGAAUUCCCUGUGAUGUAUCUGGCAUACCUAAACCAUCUGUAACAUGGACCAGGGAUGGAAUUUCAGCAGAUCAACUUAUUGGUGUCUACAUGAAUCCUCGAGACAAUUCAUUAGAUAUUCCAUCAGUCGGAACAUUACAUGAAGCGACUUAUACAUGUACUGCAGAAAAUCCAGCAGGUCAAGCUACUUACGAUGCAGAGGUCAAAGUCCAAACUGCACCUGUGAUAGCAAAUCCCACACAAUCAGUGACAGCUCUGGAAGGAACUACAACGACACUUUCCUGUGAAGCGACAGGAACACCAGAACCUGUUGUUAAUUGGAGAAGAGGAACGCAAAUCAUUGAAAUGGAUGAAAGACAUGAAAUGGAUUCGAAUAAUGGAUUGAGGAUUUCUAAUGUUCAGGUUUCUGAUAGUGCAAAGUAUACAUGCGUUGCACAAAACGUUGCUGGAACAGCAUUUGGAAAAGUUAAGCUGGAUGUUCACGUUCUGCCAAAGAUUCUUACUGAUCUAAAGCCAAACAUGGUUGCUAUUGCAGGACAGCCAUUUACCUUCCCUAUAUCAACAACUGGAAAACCAAAACCUGCUGUUGGUUGGUCCAAAGAUGGCUAUGAAUUGCUGGAAGAUGAUUCUCAUUAUGUAAAGCAAGAUGAUGGAUCGCUUCUCAUCCCCAUUGUUUUACCUGGUGAUGCAGGGAGAUACAAUGUUACUGCUUUCAACGAUGCUGGGUCUACUUCCAUAAUGACACAACUUGAUGUUAUUGUUCCACCUGAUCUUCGAGCAUUGGCAUCUGAAAUUACUGUGACUCAGGGAAGUCAAAUACCACUGGAUAUAGUAGCUGAUGGAAAUCCUUUGCCUGAAAUAACUUGGACCAAGGAUGGGGAACCACUAAAUCCAGAUGAUGAAAGAGUGCAGCAGUUGUCCUACGGAUCAUUAAUAAUAAACAAUGCAAUGUCAACAGAUACUGGAUAUUACACAGCUACUGCUAUCAAUGAUGGUGGCAGAGAUUCAAUUAAAAUAAAAGUAACGGUGCAGGUUCCACCCACUUUUACUGUAACGCCUGAAAAUCAAAAGAAACAGAGUGGUGAUGAUAUGAGUAUGGUUUGUGCUGCAGUAGGAUUCCCUACCCCAACAAUAACCUGGAAAUUUAAUGAUCAGGUUCUUCCUGCUCAAACUGCAAUCAAUGAUGCUCCUGGAAGCAGUUUAUUGUUCAUUGAAAAUGUGAGAAGUCAAGAUUCCGGAGAUUAUGUAUGUCAAGCAAGUAAUCAAGCAGGAAUUAUUGCUCAUUUGGCAUCUGUGACUGUUGAUUCUCCACCGGUUUUUACAAAUGAGCACGAUCCAGAUGUAUAUGCAAGACUUGGAACAACUGCAAGACUUGAUUGCCCGGUUUCAUCCAAUCCUGCUCCCACUAUAACAUGGACUAAAGAUGGAAGAGAGCUCUCACGUAGUGGUAGAUAUGAAAUACUGUCGAAUGGAUCUUUGAUUAUAUAUCGUACUGAGGAAAAUGAUGCCGGUGAUUAUAAAUGUGUCGCAACAAAUGAAGCCGGGAGUAUUGACCGAACAACAAAACUUAUUCUGGAACUCGCACCAUCAUUUUUAACCAGACCAAGUGAUACAGUUGCAGUAUCAGGCAGCAAUGUUAUAAUGAACUGCACUGCUCAUGGUGUUCCAACACCAAAUAUACAAUGGAGGAAAUCGAAUCGAGCACUGCCAACUGAUGGGCGAUUCACUGUUCUUCACAAUAAUUCAUUACAAAUUGCAACUAUUCAAUUGGAAGACACAGGACAGUAUAGUUGUAUUGCUACAAAUGAAAUUGGGUCGAGAAUGGCAAAAGCAUCUUUAGUGGUUAAGGUACAUGGUCAAUUUGGUGAAUGGAAACCAUUCGGUGCUUGUUCAACAACUUGCGGAACUGGUUCUAGAACAAGGAUAAGAUUCUGUAAUUCACCACCACCAGCUAAUGGCGGAAAUGAUUGUGUGAAAAAUAGUGAAGACAGUACACCAUGCGAACAAGGACCUUGCCCUGUUAAUGGUGGAUGGGGCGAAUAUGGUUCUUGGGAGCCUUGUUCUGUUACCUGCGGCCAAGGUCAUGAAAUGAGACUGAGAGAAUGCAGUAAUCCAACACCUCAAUAUGGAGGCCUUCCGUGUUCUGGAGAUGGAUUUGAAAAACGACUAUGUAGAAAAACACCUUGUGGAGUGGAUGGUGGUUGGAGUAAAUGGAGUGCAUGGUUGCCAUGCAGUGCUACAUGUGAUGAAGGUGUAUCAGUACGAAACCGUGCAUGCAACAAUCCUGCACCAACAACAGGAGGAAGAAAAUGUGAAGGAUCCGACACCAUGUCUAGAAUUUGUAAUUUGAAAAAUUGUCCAGUAAAUGGCAAUUGGGGUACAUGGGCAGCAUUCAGCAUAUGCUCUGUGUCAUGUGGAGGUGGUACUCGUGAUCGAAUAAGAACAUGUUCUAAUCCAGCACCAGGUUUUGGUGGAGAAUUGUGUCCUGGAUCAAAUAUACAACUUGAUAAUUGCAAUGCCGAACCUUGUCCAGUGAAUGGAAACUGGGGUUCAUGGGGAGUGUGGUCGUCAUGUUCUCAAUCAUGCGGAGGUGGGCAGCGUAGAAAAUAUAGGUCAUGUGCUGAACCAAGACCAAGAUAUGGAGGAAGAUAUUGUCCCGGAACCGAUGUUACAAUGCAGUCUUGCGGUUUAAUACCAUGUCCAGAGGAUGGUGGUUGGAGUGAAUGGUCUGAAUGGACUCCAUGUUUGGUGACCUGCGGAAGUGGUAUUCGAAACAGAAAGAGAACAUGUACAAAUCCAGUACCACAAUAUAAUGGAAAGUUUUGUGACGAUGAUUCAACUCAAACAGAUCAGUGCUCAUUACAACCAUGUCCAGAUGGACCAAGAACCGCAAUUGGAACGUUAUAUGGAAAUGUAAAUGAUGUACCUAUUAUUGGUUCAAGUAUUUUGUCUCACGGAACUCCGAUUGGUGAUGAUAAAGUUCGUGUUGUAUCAGUUAUCAAGGAUAUUCCCAAAGCAAUUGGUGAAGACUUAAGAAAUCAAGUUUCAAUUUUAACACCAAUAUACUGGACAUUCGCAAAGGAAAUAGAAGGUGCAUACAAUGGACAUACAUUGACUGGAGGAAAUUUUGAACGACAUGUGAAUGUGGAAUUUCCAAGUGGGCAACUUGUUGAAAUGUUCCACGAUGCAAAAGGAAUAGACAAGGAAGGAAACCUAGUUGUGGACAUUCAAAUUAAUGGAGAUGUUCCAAUGUUCCCCCCAGAUAUUGAUCUCAGCAUUAAAGAUUAUUUUGAAGAUUACAUUCAAACAGGACCGGAUUCUUUGUAUGCAUUUUCUGAUCGUUUUUAUACAAUUAACAAUGAAAUUAUGCUGUACACUUGGAAUCAUUCAAUAUACUAUGAUGAAUCUCAUGGCGUGAUGCCAUAUCUUGUGGAACAACUAUUUGGAACAGACAUUGUUGCCAAAUAUGAUCCAGAAACACUUGAGCUCAUGUUCCAGAUUGAUGUGACAAUAGGGAAAGGAGAUCCCAGUAAUGAAUGUCCACAUGGUUUUGUACUUGAUCCAACUGGACAAUAUUGCAAUGAUGAAGAUGAAUGUAACACAAGACAACCAUGUUCACACAUUUGCCACAACCUGAUCGGAUCAUACAGUUGUGAAUGUCCAGAUGGAUUCCACAUUGGAAUGGAUGGCGACACUUGCAAAGAUAUUGAUGAAUGUGAGGAAAGCUCUUAUGACUGUGAAGCUCCAUAUGUAUGCAAAAAUACACGGGGUUCGUACAGAUGUGAAAUAACUUGUGGACCAGGACUUCUAAUAUCUGAAGAUGGCCAGCAUUGUACAGAUAUAAAUGAAUGUGAAGGAAAUCGUGAAAGGAUAUGUGAACACAUUUGCAAUAAUACCUAUGGAUCAUUCAGAUGUAGUUGUAGACUAGGAUAUCAACGUUCUGAUGAAACAAGUUGUGAAGACAUCGAUGAAUGUACCAGGGGUGCAUGUUAUGGAGAUAUCACUCAAUGUCACAAUACAGCUGGAUCUUACUUUUGUACGAACAGUUGCCCUGCAGGAUUUUAUCUUAAUCAAGAAACUGAAACAUGCCUUGACAUAGAUGAGUGUGGUACUGAAGAACUCAAUCGUUGUGAUCAUUUAUGUGAGAAUGUAGAUGGAUCAUACAGAUGUUUAUGUAACGAUGGUUAUACGAUGGACAGGAAUACUGGACUAUGUAUAGACCGAGAUGAGUGUGCUGAUGGACGAGGUCCUUGCCAAUAUGGUUGCGCAAACCUUGAGGGUACUUAUAGAUGCUUCUGUCCAAAAGGUUACAGACUGAGUUACAAUGAACACUCUUGUGAAGAUAUUGAUGAAUGUAAAGAAGGACUAGCAAAAUGUGUUGGAAGAGAUGUUAUGUGUGCUAAUUCACUUGGUGAUUUUAGAUGUGUAAAUACGAGAUGUCCUCCCAAUUACAAGAGACAUAAUGGAAUUUGUACAAGAGAUUGUCUUGGCGAUGAGUGUGAAAAUAAAUUUAAGAGUGUGAUUCGUUACAACUCUACCUAUUUGAGAGUUGGAGUUCCCAAAGACCAAGAUUUGCUUGAGCUAGCUGUUUCCUAUACAAAUCCAACAGGAUCACAUCAGUUACACAGCAAUACCAUCUUCCGACUUCUUACACCAGCUUACGACCGAGCCUACAGACUGUUCGGACUUCGUGUGAUAGAUGAUGAACGUGGCAUAGUUUACACGAAACAAGCCAUCACACGAAGUCAUAUUGACUGGUAUAAACUUCGAGUUAGUGCUCGUUCCCGCUCUUCUGUUGAUGGAAGCACUGAAUAUGAGACCAUAUUCAGUCUCUUCAUAAAUGUUGCUCCAAAUCCUUUUGUUUGAACAAUGCUGCCUCUGACACUCCGAAACUGCUUUAAUUUUCAUAAGGUGUGAUAGAUAGUUCCCUCUCUUAUUUGUUCUAUUUCGUGUUUUCAUAGAAAUUUUUAGAAUGCUGGCAAUUCGCCAACUUCUUUACACGAUGUCCAAUGAUUUGUGACGCCGUGCGAGUGAGGAGAUCAAUACUGACGAAUGAGAACAACCCGCUAUACGAACUUACCAAUUCAAUUUUGUAAAAUAUUUUGCCGAAAUAUUUCGCUUAAUAUUAGGAUUGUAAAUAUUGCAUAAACACCAAGUUUCUUCAUUUUCUUCUUCAAUAAAUAUCAAUCAGCUCA